UCAACCAGUUCGGCGACGACGUCGAGCGCGUCGACGGCAAGAUGAAGAUUGCGAAGAAGCGCAUUGCGAAGAUCAGAUAGGUUGUGUGCAUCGGCACGGUGUUUUGCUUGAUUCGGCUUGUUGUUGUUGCUUUGCAUAUACCCAGUUUACUAAUGAGCACAUACGUACAUGCAUCCAGCGUCUUCAAUACAAUUUGCAGCUUCAUGUCCCACCUCGUCCAGCCAACUGUCUAAGCGAGGCGUACAUCAUGCAUGCACGGCAGGGAUUCGCUGUGAGUGGGCGGUAUGCACGAAGAAGAAGAGCUUUGGUAUUCACGAGGUGCCAGCCUUCUCUCAGCCUCAUCUGCAACAACUUGAGUAGAGUUACUGCACGUGAAGAGCAAGUGAAACACAGCUACACUUACUUCGCCUACAUAUUUUGGACAAGUAACGGCCACGCCAACACCAGCAUCUGCGGACUUCAGACAUGGACCCUGCAUACGGAAACGUGCUGGUGGACUCUCUUACAGACGGACACCAUCCCUAGUCUUGGGCUAGACUCUCUCACAAUACCGCGCAGUUCUGAUAUUCUUUCUGCACUCACAUUCCAUCAUCUGGACGGUGAAGGAGGUGGGGAUGGCUCAGAAGGUGCGGCCAGUAAAUCUACGACAGAGGAAUCACAGUUUUCCAAGAAAGGUCAGCUAGUGAGCCAAGUGUUAGUUCGCAGGAACUUAAGUUCCGUCCCACUUUGGAGCGUACAUGCAAACACGACAGAGGUCACAGCAAGGACUGUCCACUCUCACACUGAAGGAUAUAUAUACACUCCUGGAGAUGGACUUUAUCCGAGACGCCUUGCGCCUCCUCCAAGAAGGGUUCCCUGUGUGUACCAGAGAUGUGCAGGUUUUUUGAUCGGCGGUGCGACCUGAUGUGAAUGGCUGGUCAUUUAGUGGACGAUAUGGGCCAAUAUAGUAGACACCUUUCAAAAACGCACAUAAUCAGCUCCGACA